GUGACACUGGACAUCGAGUGGAUUGACGCAAAAUUUCUUGGUGUGUGUCGGAGAGAUAUCUGCGAGUGCUUGCGACAUUGCAAGUCAUCGUACACGCCCUUUAAACUACGGCGCCAUGAUGAAGUGAAGGUGAGUCAAGUAAUGAGGAAACAGGUAUUUGGCCUCCGGGAAAUACUAUGCUGGGGCAGCAAUGAUCGCAUUCGAACAAGAUGUAUACCCUUCAACACACGGGCACAGGUGCAGCGCAUGGUCACAGCUAAGUUGAGGUCUGGUAUAUUCAGUCCCAGUGUCACGGAGUCGGAUGCCAUGGCAUACUGAUCCCACCAUGUCCUUUAGGCCGACCUUACACUGAGUCGAUCUAUAUGAAACCGUUUUACACUCUGAUACCUUGAAUUACCGGCACAGGGUGAUCCCAGCUAUCCUGACCAGUUUCGCGCGAAUAUUUUCUUCUGAUAGCUCGACAACUUCGAAUCAGUACUGGUGUUACCCAUUUUUUUUUAUGGUGGGCAGAUAGGACACCA